AUGACAAUUACCUUUGUCCCGGGGGAGCCCAGUCUGUACAGCCAGACGGUGGCCCAAGGAUGCUGGCGGUCGCAUCAUCUUAUCGUGUAUGGGCUGGGCAACAAUUUGAUCAUAGGGCUGGAUAGCAUCAGUGAUCACGAGGCCCACCCCACCAUCGUUAAAGCCGCCCAUCUGUUACAAACAAUAUAUCUCCCCCACAAUCCCGAAGCCAUUGCCCUUAAUCCUGAUAACGGACUCAUUGCCGUUGCCUUGAACGAGCUGGUGGUAAUAUACGGCCCCGUCAACGAGUACAUGAAGGAACCAAAAUGGCACCAAGUGGGACCCAAACUCGACCUCAAGGGUGCCGGUCGCAUCAAUUGCGUCAAGUGGGCGUACCAGGAGAACGAAUUAUUGGUGGCAUGUGCUCUGUGUGACGUAUACAUGUAUGGCUGGCAAUCGAUGGACGACUGGGAACUCCGAUGGCACAAGAAGCUUCCUACGCCAGUGGUGGAACUUGAAGUCAAUGCUGAUGGCACAGUAUUUGUUACCCGACUGGUAUACGACCGAUUGGUCAAGUUCUGGCAACGGCAGAACGUGGGAGUGAACACGAUGUUUGAAGUGGCCUAUAUCCCCCACCCUCGUGGUUCGUGGGUGACUCAAAUUCAUCUUAGAGGUCCAACAUCACUGGUGGCCUCAACACCAUUAUCUCUGAAGGCAGCACUGAUACGCAGUGUGGGUCGAGAUCCCACUCGUGAUAUGCGUUACUUGGCUCACAACAAUUCUGGGUCGGAAUCGCUGCAUGUCAUUUACACAUUCACCAAUGAAGGCGAUAUGUACGUGUGGGGUUUCUACGAUGUUCUGGGUCAUCAUCAUUUGAAACAAUGUGGCCAUUUUGAAAUUGGCGCUGGCGUUGAACUGAUAGUCAUUGACCAGUCAUUAUUGGGUCCUCAAUUCAACUAUGAUGUGCUUUUCGCCGUGGAUAUCAAACAGUUCCGUCAUAAAGUGUAUGCCGUGCAAAAUGUCAACGACCACCCACCAACUAAUGUCCAACUAGCGGAGCUUUGGGGUGAUUGGGCACCAUUACCGAAAUACACUUUUCCCAUCCAGCAAGAGAAUGCCAAACCGCAAUUCCCUGAGCAACUCUCUGAGGAUAUCAUCUGCUCGCACGAUUUUAUUAUUCAUCAUCGCCCUAUCACAUUGUUGGUCGACUUUUUGUGGAGCCCUAAUCGCCGCAGUGAAGAACUACCACCAUUGCUGUUGUUGGUACACGAUCGCAUCAAGUGCACGAUACGUGAAGAUCUUUUGGAAAUCACCCCUGAAAAGAAGAACUUGACGUUGCUCAACAAACUACUUGGUAACCGCAAACUGAUACAAAAACUUUACCGGCUGAAUACUGUUGAUCUGGCAAGCAAUAUCUUGUUAUCCACCUCCAACUUUAGUUGUCACAACUACGUAUGGGAGCCACUUUUCCUUGGCAAGGGCCCUAAUCAGCGCAUGUCGCUCUCGAAACGGUUUGAAAUUGAUCUUGGGCUGACUGACCCUGAAGCUAAUCGGAUUUUGAAGGCGGUGGUUAUCAGCGAUAUUAUUCUGUCGGACAACCAGUUCCGUCGCCAUUUAGUGGUGACUAUUGACAAAUUGGGUGACAUAAGUGUUUGGGAUUGUGACAGCAAAUUCUACGAGGACAUCCCCGCAAAGCUUAUAUCGAGAGAACACAUCGACGAUAUCGGCACGUUUGGGGCACCGAGGCUGUUUGUAAUGGUCCCUGGAACCACUAAGAAUGUGUAUCAUAUCAUCGCCAUUUUUUGCCAUAACAAGAUUUACAGUUGGACGAUUAACGUGGAUAAACGAGGUGAGGUUUCAAUUAAGAGAACAACAAUCUCUGAUUUACCGCAAGAAGAGCCGAUUCACUUGAUCACUCAGUUCAAUACCAUUAACCCCCAAGGCAAUUUACUUUCAGUUAUAGAUGCUUCGGGCACCAUGCGGAUUUAUGGUGUUCAAUUCAAGGGCAAAAACAUUACAUGGAAGUUGAACUACGAGAUUUCCACUGGUGUGCAAAACGCUAGUAAGAUUCAUGGUUCUGAUGUCAUUGAUCGGGUCGCUGUAGUUGAUGGACUGGGGUGCAACCUACUGAUCUGGGAAACCCGUUCGGGUCUUUUGGAAUACGAAGAGAAGUUUGACAGUGGCGAUAAGGUCACAGAUCUUGACUGGACGUUCGUUCAUUCAGGCCAGGUACAAUCUGCGACGAAUGCCAUUUUACUGGUUGGCUUCGAUCGCCAUGUACUUUUGUACACGCAAUUGCGCUACGAUUACACAAACAACGUGCCUACUUUCGCUGUGAUCGAGAAUGUUGAUAUCUCGAACUACACUCUGCAUUCCAUUGGAGACCUGGUUUGGAUCAACGAUUGCUACCUCGUUAUUGGAUGUGGGAACCAAUUCUUCAUCGAUGACAAAUGGAUUCACUUGAGCAACAGUAACCAACUCGAUCUGACAAUUCGUCAGUUGUUAUUGGCGCCCGCUGGCCAGGAAGAAGUCGUUUACGACGUUAACCACUUGGCUAGUGUUCUCAAUGGUCCUCUUCCGGUGUAUCAUCCACAGAUUGUGGUCCAGUGCUUAUAUAUGGGUCAGUACUCUUUUGUGAGUGACAUUUUCGUUAAAUUGUUUGCAGCCAUCCGCAAUGAUCAUAUAACUUGGGAUCUAGGUUAUGACUUGGAUACCGAACUGAGGAAAAACGGUCUCACCUCUUGCAAGAAUCAUAAUCGUGAGCUGACUCCAGACGUUUAUGAUGCACUGGAGUCAAACGGAGACCUGGUUGGUGUGUUUGACAAAUUCAACCUGGGGCUUGCCAAGUUGUUAGUGGAAGCAUUGAAUAAGGUUACUUUACCAUUGCUUACCCGUCACCAGCAACGAACUCUUACUGUUUUAGUUCUGCUUGUGGCCGAACUUGUCAAAUUGCUAGUUCUGUUGGAUGAGAACGGUCUCCGAUUCCUUUUGGGCUUCAAGUUGUUUAUGAGUAAUCCUAAGCAACAACAACUCACCAUGCGGGACAUGCUGUGGGCACUUCAUUGUGAUAACAAGCCUAUGAUUUUGUCAGUGGUUGAGCUGGAUUACUUCAAAGGCAAAAUCACUUGGAGUGCAAUUCGCCAAACUCUUUUGGUGUAUUGGGUUGAUGAUUUGAAACUAAUGAGCAUUAUGGAGCAGUGUGUUCGCUAUCAGUUCAGCGAGCUGCGUGAUCCACUGGGAGUGAUUCUGCUCAUCUAUUUGGCCCUUCGCAAAAAACAGAUUUUGCUUGGGUUGUGGAAAACUGUGCUGCAUCCUGAAAAGGUUAAGAUGGUCAAGUUUUUAUCUAAUGACUUUACCCAAGAAAGAUGGAGACUGGCAGCUAAUAAGAACGCAUACGCAUUACUUGGUAAACAUCGUUACCUUGAUGCCGCUUAUUUCUUUCUUUUAGGUGAUCUGCCCAUUGAUUGUUGCACCUUACUUGCUACGAAAGUGGGCGAUGUGGAUUUGGCACUUGCAGUGGCCAAACUUUGGCGUGCAACUCUGUUCGAUGAUGAUAAAUCAGCUGCCAUCGCUGUGGUUGAAAACUACAUUGUUCCAGAUGCUAUUUCCAGAGGUAGUCGUUGGUUAUCUCUGUGGGUGUUCUGGCAACUUGGACAUAAAGAGCUUUCGGUUCAGGCUCUCAUCAAAGCUCCCAUGAAGAUAUUCUCCGCUAACAAAUCCCAGUUUAGCGAACAAUGUGUUGAACGCUAUAUCGACAACACCGUGACGACUCUCAAGGGACACUCGUUCCUCCGUGAUGACCCAGUUAUUGCGCUUUUGUUCAACAAUUUGCGACAAAAUAAGGUUAAGUAUCAACAAGGUGCCAAAGGAGUCACUCCUCUUGAGGAGUUCCAGUUCAUCACUAAAGUGUGCCUGAUCUACUCGAGAAUGGGCUGUGAUUACAUGUCACUCGUGAUGCUUCAUCAUUGGCAAUUCGAACACGAAGUCAUCGUGUUAGAACAACCAACCCUGCCGACGAAGCAACGUCGUGUGAGUGUUAUUGAUGUCACCAACUCGCCGAUCCAUCGGCGUAUGCUGAUUAGCGACCUCAAAAAUCCACCUCAGAAACAAAAGGAUAAAGAAGCUACUAGCUCGAAGGUGACCUCGAACAAGGCACCUCCACCGCAAGUAGCAUUUGAAGAGCCCGAUAUGCUGGGCUUUGACUUUGGUUUCUGA